ACCUAGCCUGCCCGUGGGUUCAAGAAGGCUGCAGCACCAGCAGCAAGGCAAGACGUGAAAACCGCUCCGGCCUGUUACGGGGUCGACUGCGAUGAACGUUCGCUGUUCGAGAAGGAAGGAAUCCCGCUCUCGCAUCCUCCGAGGCCCCCAAGCUGCUGUCAUCGACCUCUACCUCUUCAUAAUGCCCAACUCUUCGUCCUAAAGUCAAGUCGUCCCAAUGAAGGGUCUAUGCUCGCCUCUUGUACUUCUACUCGCGAUUUCGGGAUACACGGGAAAUAGCUUGGCCGAUACGAAUACCUUCAGCAGACGCGCUCUCGAUAUACCUAGCUCUCAGAACUUCAUCCGGCACAGGUCUCCCUCAGUUGUAAUUUUAGGUGAUUAUGUUUAUAUAGACGGCGGCGAAUAUUUUCAGCAGAACAACGGCACCGGAGCAAACGCGACCCAGUAUUCUUCAUACGCCGUCAACGCAACCUUUUCUCUCACCCUAAAGGAGUCGUGGGCGAACGAAACGGUGGAAUUCCAGUCGAUCCCGAAAACCGCACCGCUUCUAAGCGAUCAAGUGUAUUGGUCGAAUCCCUCCAUCAGGACCUUCUACACUUGGGGUGGCAAGGUGGUUGAGCCUGACCAGUCUCCUCCGACGAACGAGCUCUGGAGAUUCAACGCCGAUAUAUCAGGCGGCGGAGCUUGGUCCCAAGCAACCCAGCUAGACUACCGCUAUUUCUCAAAACUCCGACGCCCCAUCGGAGCCGCCGUUACCCAGAGCGCCGACGUCGGCUACGCGCUUGGCGGUCAAGUCACAUCCGAGACCGACGGAGCGGUUCAGAAGGAGUACCCGGGUUACGCCUUGACAGGCCUGGUCUCGUAUAACUUCCGUACCGGGAUGUGGUCGAAUCAAUCUUCGUUCGAAUUCGGAGGAUACGGCACGAGUUUGAACAGUCGUGCCGAAUACGUGCCCUUCGGACCGAAUGGAUUGCUGCUGUUUCUCGGGGGAGCGGAAACGCCCGUCAACGCGACAGAGGAGAGCAUCGUGCAGCUCAGCUGGAACAAGCUCACGCUACACGACCCGGUAACAGGGAAAUGGUACACCCAAGCGACGAAGGGGACGCGCCCCCCGACGGUGGAGCGCGCAUGCACCGUAGGAGUUCGCGGACCUAACAACACGUAUGAAAUAUUUAUAUACGGCGGAGCGUCGGACCAAACAGGGAAUACGUCCGCAGAUGUGCAUGUGCUCUCCCUGCCCGGAUUCGUCUUCUUCAAAGGGCCGAAUCCCGGCACGCCACGGGCCGACCACGCUUGCGCGGUGAUUGGCCAUGGCAAAAGGCAAAUGUUGAGCGUCGGAGGCAUCGACGGCGGACCCAGGCUGCGUUCUGCUGUCACAACACCUGAUCCGUGGAAACGGGGCCUAGGCAUCUUCGAUAUGAGCGAUAUGAGAUGGGUGAAUUCGUACGAUCCCAAUGCAGCCGCCUACCAGAGCCCGGCGGUCGUAUCAGACUGGUACGCACUGGGAGGUAUGACGACGAUGGUAUGGGAUGAUAUUGAGAUGAAGGAGCUAUUUGUCAACAGCAGUUCGAGCACGUAUGGCGGAGCCGACGUCAGCCUGCCCAUGCCGCCAGAUCGCUCGACAGACACCUCAGGCAUAGGCACCUCGAACACCAGCACUAUUGUUGGUAGUGCCGUGGGAGGAGCGGUAGCGCUUGCUGCCAUCGGCGCUAUUCUGUUCUCCGUGUUAAGGAAACGUCGACGGCGGGAAAGCCCCGUUCCUAGCGACGUGGUCGCUGCGAUAAACGAGUACCGGCCGGAGCCUUGGCCAAAAGAUUGGCCGCGAUUCGGAUCGGUGACGCCGGGGACGACGCUGGGGCCGACACCGGAGCCGGCGGAGAUGAGCGGGAUAGGGAGAGGGGAGCUGCCAGGUCCGGAUUUAGAAUGGGCGUAUGAGCUUCCAGCCCCUACGCCGCGACUGAGGCCUGAGCUUCCGGAUAAGGAAUACACAAUUUAAUAUAAUUGCAUAUCCCGGAGGAUAUCAUUUUCAGAUGAAGGCCCUGCAGCACCCUGCUUUGUAGCCGCAGUGGGGAGGGAAAGGAGAUUACCGGCGCCGUCCCUAGCCUAUUGCAUGUGAGCCUUUAGGGAAUCGUAUUCGGCCA